UGGCGGUCACUUGACCUUCUGGCGUCAUACAACCGAGGCACGAUAUUGGAUCAGCACACGAAUCCUUACCGACACAAGCACCGUAUAAAUUCCACUACCCGCCCUCAAGCAUCUACUCCUCACGAAACGAAACUAAUACACUCUGUACCAUAUCUCUCACAAUGACCUCAAGAAAACUCCGUGUCGCAGUAAUUGGCCCCAAAGGCCAAUCCGGAAGCUGCGUAGUCGACGAGCUCCUCACGCGAGGCCACGCCGUCGUUGGCGUCUCCCGCAACCCCCCAAAGCAGUGGAAGCACGGCACCGGCGGCGGAUCGUACAGUGCUACCAGCGUCGACAUCUACACUGAACAGAAGAAACUCAUCGAUAUCUUCUCAUCAGACUUUGACGCCAUCGUGUGCGCCUUUGGACCUAGCUUGACGAAUCUGGCUACUGUGUACCAGGACGGUGUCGAGGCGCAUGGGAGGAUCAAGACGGCGCUUUUGGCGUCGACGCAUGAGGGUCCGUUUAUUAUUGUUGGUGGAGCGGGAUCCAUCCAUGUCGCGAACCGUCUUCAACUCACGGACCAGAAGGACUUUGCGUACAGCUGGUGGUGGACCUGGCCCGAUGAGCACUUGGACUACAUGACCCAGCGAGGCCUGGACCACGGAAGCAGGUUCAUCAGCGUCGUCGCCGUCUUGAUGAAGUGGAGCAGAGCCCACAUGCAGCGACCGAGAUUCUACUCCUGGCUUCUGAGACCAGCCACGUAUCUGGUCCAACGGUGGCUAAAAAGCUGCUUGACGGACAAGAAGGCCAUUUCUCUAAUCAUAAUGUGUCGAAUGGCCUUCACGAUGUGGAACGGCGUCACUGAGAAGUCGUGGUCCUUCCUCUCACCCCCAGGUCUCUUGCGUGAUAAGGGUGUUCGGACUGGGGAGUACAAAUUGUUCAUCGACACGCCUGAAGACCCGGCGACGGAGGCGGCGGAGAACGGGAUCUACAAUGAGGAUAUGGCGGUGGCUAUCGUCGACGAGGUGGAGAACAACAAGCUUGCAUUCAAACAUUGGAGCUGUACGGGGCCGAUCGGGCUGCGCAGGUGGUAAUUCAUCAACGCAUGUUUUCUCGUCAACUCACAAAUGGUACUGUCAGGGUCAUUCAGUAGAGACGAUAGUUGUACACAAUCGCAACCUUUAUCGACUUGA